GUGAUUGGAGAGUUCAUGCAAACCAUAAGUCGAGGCGAUGAUAUAGUGUCGGCCGAUGGUCCUCUGUGGAAAACAUGGAGAUCUGCCUUCAACCCUGGUUUCUCCGUUUCUCAUAUCAUGACCAUGAUGCCGGGCAUCGUCGACGACGUGGCCACAUUUGCUCGGAUUCUUCACGAAAAGGCGGUCACGAACGAGCUGUUUCGUAUGGAGCACCUUGCAACUCGCUUGACCGUAGACGUCAUCGGCCGAGUGGUUUUAUUUUCAACAUCUUCCGUCCUUUCGUACAUUGGUGGAACCUGAGGCAGAUGGACACGUACGUGGGUAGGGUACUCGAAGAACGAUUCGCGUCGCGCAAUCUCAGGAGUAGAAAGACCAAGCAUGUCAUUGACCUGGCCCUCGAGACUUACCUCAAGGAAAACAACGUCAACGACACCUCAAAACUCGAUCCGAGGUUCAAGGAUGCUGCCAUCAGAAAUAUCAAAACAUUCAUCUUUGCUGGCCAUGACACAAGCAGUUCGACAAUUUGCUAUGCUCAUUACCAACUCAGCCAGAAUCCAGAGGCACUGGCUCGUCUGCGUCAGGAAUGCGAGGAAAUUUUCGGCCCAGAUGUGACCAAGACUGGCGACAUGAUCAAAGAAGAUCCAUACCUGCUCAACAAGAUGAAGUAUGGCGACGCAGUGGUUCGUGAAACACUGAGACUACAUUCUCCUGCGAGUGCGAUUCGAAGUGGAAGCAAAGACUUCUUCAUCAUAGAUCCAGACACAGGAGAAAGCUAUCCUACAGACGGAUUUAUGCUUCACGCUCACUCUCCUGGUCACCUUUUGAACCCGAAAGUGUGGCAAGAGCCCAUGUCGUUCCGUCCAGAGCGUUGGCUUACAGACCAGGCACCACCAAUAGGUGCAGACCGUGACGCUUUCGUCGCGUUCUCCAAAGGCAUUCGUAAUUGUAUUGGCCAAGAGUUGGCAUUGCUGGAAGUCAGAAUGGUACUGGCCAUGACGGUACGGCAAUUCGACUUUCACGAGGCGUUCGACGAGGUCGAGAAGUUGAGAGAAGAUGGCUCAGGCUACCCAAGCGACUUGAGCGGAGUACAGAAACAAUUUGGUGAGAAGGCUUAUCAGAUCCAGCUGGGCACUGCGAAGCCGAGGGAGGAUCAGUUUAUAUCAUUGUGCCAAUAUCGCUGUUGGACAGUCGAGUUGACUGUGUUGUGGUAUUUGAGCAUAAGUCCACAGGUGUCGACAAGACACACGACAAUGGAGUACGAACCCACAGCCGACGACGCAAAUGUCGACCUCGCCGGCCCCGGCCUCCACGGCAAGCUGGAAUGCCGCGUAACGGACCCUCAGAAGGAGAACGAAGGCACCCAGAACCCUUUCAUAUCAUACCUCGUCACCACAGAGACCGACUUCAAGUCCUUCGUCAACCACCAUUCACAACUGCGCCGCCGCUUUACCGACUUCGUCUUCCUACAAAAACACCUCACGCGCGAGUACCCGCAAUGUGCCGUACCGCCGCUGCCCGACAAGCACAAGAUGGAGUACGUCCGCGGCGACCGCUUCGGCCCUGAUUUCACUUCUCGUCGUGCGCACGCUCUGAAUCGCUUCUUGAACCGCCUCACCUUGCACCCCGUCCUGCGUCGCGCUGCCCUUCUCGCCCAGUUCCUUGAAAGCGACUCAUGGAACUCAACCAUGCGAUCCCGAGCCGCCCGCGGCAUGAGUGCUGGUGAGGCUGCUGCACCGAGUGUUCUGGAGACAUGGACAGAUAGCUUCCUGAACGCUUUCGCAAAAGCCCACAAGACGGAUCGCCGCUUUGUCGAUGUUCGCGAGCGUUCCGACAAGCUCGACGAAGACCUCUCGACCGUUUCCAAAUCAGUCUCCCGCCUGGCACGCCGUGAAUCUGACCUCGAGGGUGACUAUGCAGAUCUGGCAACACAAUUCCAAAAACUCGCUCAGCUCGAACCUGGCGUGCAGAACGAGCUCACUAGCUUCGGCUUCAGCAUACAAUCAAACUCUCAGGCUUGGAAAGACUUGCGCGAGUAUACCGAUCAAGACUACCUCGGCAGUCUGCGCGAUAUGGAAGCCUACAUCGCUUCAGUCAAGGCUCUCCUCAAGACUCGCGAGCAAAAACAACUCGACUUCGAAGGCUUGUCAGAAUACCUCACCAAAGCCGCCAGCGAGCGCGACCACCUAGCUUCAGGGCCCAGCAUGGGUGCCUCUGGCUUCAUCCGCGCCAAAAUCGAAGACGUCCGCGGUGUCGACCACGAGACAGCCCGCAAGGAACGUGUACGCAAGCUUGAGCUACAGAUUGAGCGCCUACAAAACGAAGUCGAAGCCGCGAAAAAGACAAGCGAGGCCUUCGAUAUCGAGGUCGUCAAGGAGGUGGACGAUUUCGAGCGCAUCAAGGCAACAGAGUUCCGCGAAACGCUUGGAGGACUUGCAGAUGCCAAUUGCGAGUACUUCCGCUCAACCAUCGAUACGUGGCAGAAGUUUAUCGAUCAGAUGGAACGCGAGCAGAGAGAGUCAGCGACGAGUUAGACGCGAAUCUUUGAUGAUACCACAUGCUGGGGUUUCACGGCGUAAAUUAAGCAGGAAACGAGGAAGCCUUUUUUGAAUGUGUAAUUAUGAUAGCCUUAUUCUUUUUCUUUGUUGAGCCUUCUCGGAUAAAGGGGAAAUGUGAAUUUGUUGAAUGCUCAAAGGCUUU